AUGGCCAACGCUUUCCACAAACAACCCGAGUUCGACACCCUUCAACUCCACGGCGGUCAAACCCCUGAUAAAGAGACCAACGCUCGUGCAGUUCCCAUCUAUGCAUCCACCAGUUUUGUUUUCAACGACUCAGCUCAUGGCGCAGAUCUCUUUGGUCUGAGGGCUCCUGGACAUAUCUAUUCCCGUAUCGGAAAUCCCACUGUGACUGUCUUCGAAGAUCGUAUUGCUGCUCUUGAAGGAGGAAUUGCUGCUGUUGCCACCUCAUCCGGUCAAGCUGCCCAAUUCCUUGCCAUCAGUACUAUUGCAGGUUCAGGAGACAACAUUGUGUCAACUUCUUACCUAUAUGGAGGAACUUACAAUCAGUUUAAAGUUACUUUCAAACAAUUCGGAAUCGGCGUAAAAUGGGUCACUGAGGCCUCACCUGAAGCUUUCGCUGCCGCCAUUGACGAGAGGACUAAGGCCAUCUAUGUUGAAAGUAUCGCAAAUCCCAAAUACCGCGUUAGCGAUAUUCCUGCUCUCGCUAAGAUCGCUCAUGAUCACGGCAUCCCACUUAUCGUUGAUAACACAUUCGGAAUGGGAGGAUUCCUUACAAGACCUAUUGACCACGGCGCCGACAUCGUUGUACAAAGUGCGACAAAAUGGAUUGGAGGCCACGGAACUACUAUUGCUGGUGUUGUUAUUGAUUCCGGCAAAUUCGACUGGACAAAAUCUGGAAAAUUCCCUGGCUUCACUGAGCCCGCUGAAGGAUACCAUGGUCUCAAAUUCAGCGAGACUUUUGGACCUGCUGCCUUCGCUGUGAAAGUUCGAACUGAAGGUCUUCGUGAUAUUGGCCCUGCCCUAAACCCCUUCGGCGCCUUCCUCCUCCUUCAAGGUCUUGAGACACUCAGCUUGCGUGGACAAAGACACAGCGACAAUGCCCUUGCCCUUGCUAACUAUCUCGAAAAACACCCUCAAGUUGCCUGGGUGUCAUAUCUUGGUCUGCCAUCGCACGAAUCGCACGAUCUCGCCAAGAAACUUCUUAGACCCAAUGCUUACGGAGGCGUUCUUUCCUUCGGUGUCAAGGGAGAUGUUAAGACCGCCAGCAAAGUUGUCGACAGCCUCAAACUGGCUAGCAACUUGGCCAAUGUCGGUGACGCGAAGACUCUCGUUAUCCACCCUGCAUCGACAACCCACUCGCAAUUGACUGAGGCCGAGCAGCUUACUUCAGGUGUUACACCUGAUCUUAUUCGCGUGUCUGUUGGUAUUGAGGAUAUCAAAGACAUUAUUGCCGAUUUCGAGGCAGGUCUGAGGAUUGCUUUUGCCGAGGCUCAGUAA